CACACAACCAGCUCUUAGAAGCGUGUAUAUGUAAAGAGGGCCCCAUCGACCACGACUACCAUUUUUGGUUUCCCUCUUCCACCUUUCACUUUGACAACGCGGCAAGGAGAGUUCCCCGAACGCGCCGCAGUGCUACUUAUACUUCUGCGGUCCCAAACCAAGAAGAUGCCCAGGGCGCCGCAGUGCUCCGUCCCCUGUUCUUCUCUCUGGCUGGCAUCUGUUGCUCUGGUGGUGCACGCCGGGCUCUCCUCCUCCCAAUACCAGAGACCUGUUGUCGGGGCUGGGAAGCGAGCGGGGUUCAUGGAAAGGACGCUGAUUCUCCUGGAUGUCGACACCCAUAGACCGAUUAGGGUGCUAAACGAUAACUUCCUCUCCUUGCAGUUGGAUCCCGCGAUCAUCAAAGACGGCUGGCUGGAUUUUCUGAGCUCCAAGCGCCUGGUGACCCUGGCCCGGGGUUUGUCCCCCGCUUAUCUGCGCUUCGGAGGGAAACGGACCGACUUCCUCCAGUUCCACAACCUGAAGAACCUGGCUAAAUUCAGAGGACCGGGCCCUGACUACUACCUGAAGAACUACGAAGAUGGAGCCAGUUAUUACAUGGAUGGAAGAGUCAGGAAAGUGGAGGACUUUCUGAAGACCCGCUUGCUGGACACGCUCAGCGAGCAGAUCAACAAAGUCUUCAAGGUGGUCCACUCCCACGCGCCCGGGAAGAAGGUCUGGCUGGGCGGCGUGGGGCCGGCCUGGGCAGCGGGCACCAACAACCUAUCGGACACGUACGCCGCGGGCUUCCUAUGGCUGAACACGCUCGGCAUGGCGGCGGCGCAGGGGGUCGACGUCGUCCUGCGCCACUCGCUCUUCGACUACGGCUACACGCAUCUGGUGGACCAGCACUUCAACCCUCUGCCCGACUACUGGCUGUCGCUGGUCUUCAAGCGUCUGGUGGGCCCCAGGGUGCUGGCGGUACGCGUGGCCGGACUGCAGAGGAAGCCGCGGCCGGGGAGGGUGAUCCGGGACAAGCUGCGCAUCUACGCUCACUGCACCAGCUCGUCCAGCCAUAAUUAUGUGAAAGGGUCCAUUACGAUCUACAUCAUCAACCUGCAUCGGUCGCGAAAGAAAAUCAAGCUGGCCGGCACCUUACGGAACAAGACGGUGCAUCAGUAUCUGUUCCAGCCCUACGGGGCCGACGGACUCCACGCCAAGUACAUCCAGCUGAACGGGCAGAAGCUGGUCAUGUUGGACGACGGGGCGUUUCCAGAGCUGUCUCCGGUGGCUCUUCGGGCCGGCAGGACGGUGGUCAUGCCCCCCAUGUCCAUAGGCUUCUACGUCAUCAAGAACAUCAACGCCUACGCCUGCCGGAGAUAGUGUUCAGCCAUCCCUUCAUUUUCAAUAUGAGCCGGUCCAACAUACAUUCAUCCACCCUAAUCCCUUCUAUACAUUCCCACUAGGUGGCCCUAUCCCAUAAUACUACCACAGAACACGUGGGAAAUCACCCAGUUCAAUGGUGUUAGCUACAUAUUUAUUAUAUUUGAACCAAAAAGCACUCCUAAUAUAACACAUGUACAUCUCUGUAUUCUCUCUCUGUCUACACAUUGUUUUUUACUAAGUAGAAAUGACCCGUCUAUGUAUGAUGUUUGAUGAAACACUCGCCCUUCACGCAGAAUAAGGGUUGCACUGAACUGUUUAAAUUGCUUUCCCUAGCAUUACCUUCUAUGCAAGACUUGUUUUUUCUGUUGUUUGGUGUCUCGUUCUUAAGUCAGUGUCAAAGCAAACCACAUAGUUAUAUUUUUAGGAGUUUA